GUCGAGCGGCGGCGGGAUCGCGUCACUGGUGCGCGCCGCGGCUCCGGGCGCGAUGGCGGCGCUGGGCGGGGAUGGGCUGCGCCUGCUGUCGGUGUCGCGGCCGGAGCGGCAGCCCGAGUCAGCAGCUCUGGGCGGCCCGGGCCCUGGGCUGUGCUGCUGGGUGUCUGUGUUCUCCUGUCUUAGCCUCGCCUGCUCCUACGUGGGCAGCCUCUACGUCUGGAAGAGCGAGCUGCCCAGGGACCACCCUGCAGUCAUCAAGCGGCGUUUCACCAGUGUAUUGGUGGUGUCCAGCCUCUCGCCUCUGUGCGUGCUACUCUGGAGAGAACUCACAGGCAUCCAGCCAGGCACAUCCCUGCUCACCCUGAUGGGCUUCAGGCUGGAGGGUAUUUUCCCAGCAGCACUGCUACCCCUGCUGCUGACCAUGAUCCUUUUCCUGGGCCCACUGAUGCAGCUCUCUAUGGAUUGCCCAUGUGACCUGGCAGAUGGUUUGAAGGUUGUCUUAGCUCCUCGCUCCUGGGCCCGCUGCCUCACGGAUAUGCGUUGGUUGCGGAACCAAGUGAUUGCGCCCCUGACAGAAGAACUGGUGUUCCGGGCCUGUAUGCUGCCCAUGUUAGCACCAUGCACGGGCCUGGGCCCUGCCGUGUUCACCUGCCCACUCUUCUUUGGAGUUGCCCAUUUUCACCACAUUUUUGAGCAGCUUCGAUUCCGCCAGAGCAGUGUGGGGAGCAUCUUCUUGUCUGCAGCGUUCCAGUUCUCCUACACAGCUGUCUUCGGCGCCUACACUGCUUUCCUCUUCAUCCGCACAGAGGAACUCAGAACAAAGGCUGCAGCCCUGAGAACAGCAAGGACCCUGCCAAACAACAAUGAUAUACUUUCAGGUCCCACUCUAAACUCAAGGAGGCUGUCCCAAGUCUUGUUCCCUGAGGCUGGUGGUUGAAAGGAAAUGGAUGUGCAGUCACUCCCCAGGCACCCCCAGUUUGGCUGUGACUAAACGACAUUCAUCUGGAUCUAAAAAGUCAUCUUGAUAGUCACACACCUGCCUUGCUGUGGAGAGCCUUCCUGUCCUCCCAGCCUGUGUAGCAGCUGUUGGGGAGGCAGAUGGGGUAUGGGGCUGUUUCAGAGGGUACCUUUGGGAUCUUGGUGUCCAAAGAGGAGGAAGCCCAAAGCUGCCCCCCAAAUUAGGUUGUGGUACCUGAGGAGCACUGGGUUGGCAGAGUGCUGGGGACAUACUACCUGCCUGGUCCCCUGAAGGUUGGGAGAUCCGAGCUCUGCUCCUCCCCUUCCUCAUGCUACUGCUCAGAACUACGCAGCACCCCCAUUUCACCUCACCAUCAUCACCUCCCCUGUGGAGGUUGGGGGUGGGCAGCAAUGCAGUGAUACAUGCAGGGUUGCCAAACCCCCUGCAGGUGACCGAUUCUCCUGAGAGCUUGCUUAUGGGAAUGGGCGGGAUUAGAUCUUGAGACUCUCAAUCCAGUGCUGACCUCCCACUAAUAUCCUCCCCCAAAGGCUCCCACAUCCAAGGGUUUUUUGCCCAUCUCCCGGAAACUGGUGCCUGUUCACAUCCAGUCCUGAACUAUUGAAGUGGCAGGCUGGCCCUGAGUUUAGGAAGUAAAGCAGUGUGGCUGGAAGCAAAGCAACUCCACUGACAGCUUGGGUGUGGACCCUUCUCUGCCUCUUACUAGCUCUGGGGUCCUGGAUAAGCUAUUUAACCUUCCUGGGACUCCCAUUUGUGUCCACAAAAUGUGACUGAUUCCCUGAGUUAAUGGGUGUUAAAUGCGUAGAACAACACACCCUUGUCCAAGCUCUCCAUGCAACUAGCUCAUCCUGUUUGGGGUGUAUAUACCAUAGGCACUCUAGUGGCUGAAACCAAGGCCACUACUAUUCUCCCCUACCCUCCAAGGAGGAUACAACUGACCUGCCCCUGCCAUGGGGAGUCCCAAGAGGCAGCCCUGCCCCUAUGCUGAGUAGUGCUGGGGGGGUGGGG